AUGGCCGACGCAAACAAGCUCCAGACCCUCGACACCCGCAUGAGCGAGCUCCUGGCGGCCAUCGAAUCCCACCCAAUGAUGGCAGGCAGCCAACCCCACCCAACAGGCUUCUAUAUCCAUGACUUCAUCCGCAACACCCACAACAAGGUGCGGAGCAUCGACGCCCAGAAACUCCAGUCGGCAGACCCCGCCACCGUCAAAGAGUUCCAGGAUAUCCGGGGCCGCAACGUGCUUGCGGAGCAGCUGAUCGAGGGUAGCGGGCCGAUGGCACAGAUGAUGCUCAUGAUGGGCGGAGGUUCGCUCGACUUUGGUGAUGCAAUCAAGCAGAAGGCUCAGGCGGUUAAUGCUGUCUAA